AUGGCUCCGAGUGAUUAUACCUCGGCGGGCUCUGGCAAACUCAAACUGAAGGGCGUGAAGGAUUCUAAGGUCGACAAGAAGAAAAAGAAGAAAUCUUCCUCCAAGGCUAGGGACAAUGAAAACUCUACGAAAAGUCAGACGAUGGAUGGAGGCGCCGACGAUCUCGAAGAUCGGUCAGUCAUGUUGAGAAAAUUAGAGGAGGAAGAUCAAAAGAUUGCGAGUGAAUCAGAGAAGGAGGUGCAGAGACGAAAAGUCGAUUCAGCUGGACGCACAGAUGAUGGUGCAGAACUGGAUGAGGAAGAUGAGGGGGGAAUUACUAAGACAGAAGCAGAGAGGCGGUAUGAGGAGCAGAGACGGAGAAGGCUCGAAGAACGUCUCAAACGAGAAGGUGUCAAAACGCACAAGGAGCGGGUUGAGGAGUUGAAUCGCUACCUCAGUAGUCUGAGCGAGCAUCAUGACAUGCCCCGAAUUGGACCCGGAUAA